CAACAGCCCGCUCGGCCCGCUCGCUCCCUCGUCGCUCAGCUCUCUCCUCUCUGGGCCACUCAUUGCCGGUUGGCAUUCGUUCGUUCCUCCGGCCGGUCAGUAGGCGCCGACGAGGUCUCGCCGCCGCCGGAGUGCUCUCUCUCUCUCUCAAGAAAAAAAACUGGCCAAGAACGAGAGAUAUAGGAUAAGAAAGAGAGGCAAGAGAGAGAGGGGAUCGGAGGGCCGGCCGGCCGGGGGGAACAUAGAGGGGAGCGUGCGCAGGAAGCUGAUGAGGCUCCUGUCGUUCGUGCCCUUUGGCUGCCGUGCUGGACCCGUCGACGACGCGCCGCCCGCGGACCACGCCGCCGCUGCCGGAGACGCCGCCGCCGCCGCGAGGAGGCGCCGGAGGAGGAUUGCUGCCGCCAACAGGUCCGCCGUCGGUGCCGCCGCCGCCGCGCAGUGGCGCCCCUCGCUCGGGGACAUCUACGAGGAGUACAGCACCGACGCGGCCAAGUCCGCCGCGCGCGCCGCCGCCGGGCCGGCGAGGGUCAGGAAGGCGGCGUCCUGGGACGUCGCUCGGGUGCUGCCCCGCGCGCGCAGCGAUGAAUACAGUCGAUGCUCUAGAUGAACAGAUUCCUCUCGAACAUCGAAGGUCAGCGUGUGUGUGAUCCAUAUGCCGAUCGUGGAACCCGUUCAAAACGCAUCUGAAUCGAUGAAAGAAUAUCGAGAGUCGUAUCGUCAGAGACAACAUAGGAUGGAGAUUCAACACAUCCAUGAUUUUAUUUCCUCUCCGGGACCAUUUUCUAUGAGUUUCUCGACGCUAUUUCUUCAUGUCUGUUCUACCUCGAUGACUCGAUCUAAUCUAAGAACACGAUGCAUAUGCUUUUUGCACAGGCACCUUGAGAGCGCGUCGUCCAUGCCAGCGUUCGCGCCGACGGCGUACCUGUUCUGAUCAUGGCGUCGGCGUCGGCGUCGGCAUCGUCGGCAGCUACCAGUCGUCGUCGACGACGACGAUGACGAUGAAGACAAGAAUCAACCAAAACUACUGUGGGAAGCAUAUAUACAGAUUACUAUCAACGUAUUGUAGAACCAAGGAUCUAUAUGCAUCCUUCGGACCGGAAUAAAGCUAUCUCUCUUCUUCUUCGUGAGAGAUAGCGCGCGCGCGCGCGUGUACUACUACUAUAUGCAUGCGUGUGUGUGACGUGUCUAUAUAUACUCUAUAGAUAUGUGAUAAAUGUGAUGAUUUGAAUGAGCUAGAGUGAUGCACAUAUGUGUGGCAUGCAUCAUCAGUCAUCACCAUGCAUGUAAUAAUACUAUAACUAAUAGAAUAUCGAAGAAGUCUGUUUGGACGUUUGUGUA